AUGAGCAUCUCCCGUCUCGUUGCCCUGUUGUUGGCCAACAGCGCCGUCGCGUUGACCGCAACGCAGCAUCUUACGUCCCAGCCGCGACUUGAUGUUGAAAAGACGCUUGUCAAGCAUCUCGCUCCCCGCCUGUCCAAGGACGCGACCAUAGUACUGCCCUCGUCACCCAUUGCCGGACCCUUGCUGGAGCGGGCGACUUCCCCGCGCAUCUCUCCUGGUUAUGCGGUCAUUGUCGAGGUUGCGACGGAAAGCGACGUGCAACAGACAAUCAAGUAUGCAAAUCGGCAUGGGAUGCCCUUUCUUGCCGUCUGUGGCGGCCACGGGGCUCCGUCGACGUUGAAUAGGCUCAAGAACGGCAUCCAAAUCAACAUGCGCAAGAUGAACAACACCAGGUUACAUUCCGACGGACAGACGGCAAAGGUGGGCGGGGGCACGCUGCAGCACGAGCUUACGGCGGCACUCUUCAGCCACGGCAAGCAGACAGCGACAGUCACGGGCUCGUGCGAGUGCAUCUCGGUGGCCGGGCCGCUGCUCGGCGGCGGGCACGGCAUGCUCCAGGCGCGCCACGGCUUGGCCGCUGAUAAUCUCGUCUCUGCGCGCGUCGUGCUGGCCGAUGGGAGCGCCGUCGACGUGUCGGCGACAGAGCACCCCGACCUUUUCUGGGCCCUGCGCGGUGCGGGACACAACUUUGGCAUCGUCACGAGUUUGGAAAUCAAGACGUACGAUGUCCGCGCACCCUGGACGAUAACGACGCUCAGCUUCACGCAGGACAAGCUUGAGGCCUUUUUCGACACGUGGAACGAGCUGCUGGACGCGUACGAGGAUCCUGGGAUGCUUGCCUUGUUCGGCUACAUUCUUCGAGACGCGAACCUCGACUCUAGACAUCCCGUCAUCACUCUGCAAAUGUUCAGCGAGGGGAACGAUUCCGCAUUAGGUGACUACACGGCGGCCUUUCGCAAGCUCAAGCCAGCCGCGGCCUCGACCGUCAACAACAUUCCGUGGGGAGACCUCCACAAGAUGGGCGGCUUCGGCGUGGACGGGCCCCCGUGCAAGAAUAACCGGAACUUGAUUGGGUUUCCGAACUCUUUUGCGCGGUGGGACGUGGCGGCGAUGCGAGAGGGGUUCGAGCUGUUCUCGGAGCUGACGGCCGACCCGGUCUUUGCCGCGUCGCUCGUCCUGCUCGAAACGUACGGCAACAAGGGCGUGCGCGCCGUGCCCGAGCGGGACAACGCCGUGGCGCCCGAGGAGCGGCGCUACGACAUCCUCAUGUCUGCCGAGAUGCUAUGGGCGGGCGACGACGCCGCCAAUGUCGACAAGGCCGCCCGGUACGGGCAGAGGAUCCGGGAGGCCACGAGGAGCCCGUUCUCGCCGCCCCAUUCCUACCUCAACUAUGCCAUGGGGGCCGAGGGCCUGGAGGAGGUGUACGGGCGGGGCGAGGUCAGGCUGGCGAAGCUUAGGCUCCUGAAGGAGGUGUAUGAUCCGCGCAACCGCUUUGGCUUUUACAUGCCCAUCCAGCAGGGGUGA